GAUAUAAGGUGUAUCAGGUAUAAUUAUCAGAAUAAAAUCAAGUUUGUUAUUUUAGUGAUAGGUGGCGGCGUGUGGCAACUUUCCCGGGUUAUAUUUUUGGUGGUGCCGCGGCGUGAGGCUGACAGAGUGAACAGCUUACAGUAUAGUCUCCCUCACCCUCCUUCAUUAUACCAGUGCUUGUUAAUACACCCAGGUCGUGUCGUUGUAUCCAGGGUACACCACUACACCUUAAGGACCUCAGUACUACGGCCAGGAAAUACUACUAUAAAGGCAUACCGAGACUCGUGCCGGCAAGUGAUGGCGGGAAGCAGGACGUGCGGUCAAUGCGGGGCCGAGGCCAGCCUGCGGUGCGGAGGUUGCAGCAACGUACACUACUGCAGCAGGGAGCACCAGCGGCAACACUGGCCUAAGCACAAGGACGAGUGUUGGCCAGUCGCUCAAGCUAAGGACCCACAGUCUGGCAGGUACUUGGUGGCGACACGUGACCUGAAGGAAGGUCAACUGGUGAUGCGGGAGAAACCACUGAUACUUGGCCCCCAGGCGGAGUCAUUCCCCGUGUGUCUGGGGUGCCACUCCUUCAUCACCACCGACGACCACCCCCGCUGCCCCAGCUGCACUUGGCCACUCUGCUCCCUCUCCUGUGCCGGCACCGCCCUCCACCAGGCUGAGUGCAGCGCCCUGGCCACCGACACCAGGAAAAUCGGUCCUCCUACUAGUUUGAUCAGGACCCCCCGUUAUGACAUCAUCCUGAUGCUGCGAUGUUUACUCCUUCGCUCGUCAAACCCGGCAGGCUGGGAGCUGAUCAAGGGCAUGGACAGCCACGCAGAGCUUCGUGAAAAGGACGAGGAACCUCACCACGUCGCAGCUAUCAAGUACUUCACUGAGGUUCUUGAUGUUGACUGUGACGUGGACACAGCGCGCCAGGUACACGGUGCCAUCAUCACUAACGCUAUCAACACUUAUGGCGCUCAGGGGGAGAGUCUCCGUGGCCUUUACCCGACUCUGUAUCUGAUGAACCAUUCGUGUUUACCAAACGUGACUCUUCGCUCAGAUAUCGACCGGACACUGUUCGUGCGUACGGCUGUACCUAUCAAGAAGGGGGAACCAAUACUCUUCAGUUACCUGCCUCCUACUGACCCCGUCUGGCGUCGCCAAGCUGACCUACACAGCAUCUACUACUUUAAGUGUGCUUGUGUACGGUGUAAAGACCCGACCGAGCUGGGCACAUAUUUCUCCAACCCGCGGUGCCACAACUGCUGCGAGGGGUUCCUGGAACCUUAUGAGGGUCCUGGAGCUCCGUGGUCCUGCCCGGGCUGUGGAGAAACACGCCCGGAGGCAGACAUUGUACAAGAAGCAGAAGAUUACGUGAAGGAGUUGGCGGAUAAGUGUACGUCAUUCACCGAAAUAUGCAAAGUAUUGGACAGGAUCACCAACACUUACCACGUUAACCACUUCACGUGGUUGACGGCGGUGCAGUUGGCGAUGUCGACGCUGUCAAAGGAACACACGAUGCAAUCCCUCAUGUUGCGACGGGACUUGUGGCGCCGCCUGAUCCACCUGUACCAGCGGCUGGAGCCCGGGUCUACCAGGAGACGAGGUGUGUCGCUGUACAACUCGGCUGUGGUGGAGAGGGACGCGGCCGUGUUGCACCUGGCGGCGUCUGGGUCGAGGAAGCCGUCGGAAGAAUACGAGAACGGCCUCACCCGGGCCGUCCGGAUGCUCGACACUGCGAUACCCAUUCUCGAGCUGGAGCCUCCGAACUCAACGGAAUUACGCUGGGCCCUCAACGCUAAAGCAGACAAGGAUUCCAUCUUCGAUCUCAUUGGCGGAGGACAUCCAGAUCCCAGCCAAUGAGACGACAUCUUCGAUAUCAUUGGCGGAGGACAUCCUGGUCCCAGCCAAUGAGACGACAUCUUGGAUAUCAUUGGCGGAGGAUAUCCAGAUCCCAGCCAAUGAGACGAAGAAACACAAUAUAACAAAAUGGCUUCUUUCUGUGUGGGAGACUCAAGAGCUUCCAUAACUCUAGGUCUUGUGUGUAGUCGAGUCUCUGUGAGGUCCCGGUACACCUGUGAACCGUACCGGGAGUGUAGAUGUGUGUGGUUGAAUAAAUUGCUGAUAUUCUC